AUGUCUGGAUCUUCCAAGAGGCAGAAAUCCAUUAGUAGUUUUUUCACCCCUGUCAAAACAAAAGUAACCCCUUCUCCUAAUCCAGGUGCUGAUGCAGACACUCCAACCAAAGACAAUGCCAUAAAACGGAAACUUGAGCAUUUUACUCACUCGAACAAUACCUCACCCAUUGUGCCCAAGAAAGCACGAGCAAUUCCGCUGAAAAAGCCUUCGGAGAAUGCAAAGAAACCGGUUUCAAGCACAGCGAAAUCCAAGCUAACCCCACUCGAGAAACAGUUCAUCGAUCUUAAGCUGGAACAUGGCGACAAGAUCUUGGCGAUCCAAGUCGGCUACAAAUUCAAGUUCUUUGGAAACGACGCCGUGACAGCGUCCAAGCUUCUAAACAUCAUGCUUCUUCCAGGGAACUUAGAAUUGGAUGAGCGAACGCACGAUCGGUUUGCGUACUGUUCGAUUCCAGACAACCGUCUCCAUGUUCAUCUCCAACGUUUAUUGAACCAUGGAUUGAAAGUUGGUGUUGUCAAACAGACAGAGACAGCUGCAAUCAAAUCUGUGGAGAGCUCAAAUAAAUCGGGUUUGUUUGAAAGAAAACUCACUGGAGUUUAUACAAAGGCAACAUACAUGGGCGAUGAACUUCUAACUGGCGACCCUACAAUCAGCAGAAGCAAUAAUGUGGCCGAUUCCUUGGACGGAGAAACAUAUGUUUUAUGCGUAAACGAGCUGAACUUCUCGAAGCAAACGUCGCUUGUUGCUGUUCAGCCGCUAACUGGAGAUAUUGUUUUUGAUGUAUUCUCUGAUACUCCAUCUCGAGACGAGCUAGAAACGAGACUCAUGUACUUCAAUCCCAGUGAGGUAAUCGUUAUCACGGAAGAUGAAGAAAUCUCCCCGGAAACAUCUAAAGUCCUUAGGCUCAAAAACAGUGCCAUGGCAAUAACUCAAAAAAUCCAAAGAAGUGAAACUGAAAUCAAAAGCGAUAUGCACGAAUUUUUCUCUUCAGUGGAUCCAGACGGACACAAUGCUUACUUGACAGAACAUUAUACCUUGAAUUACCCUUUGGGUAUUCAAGCGUGCAUUAUCGAAUUGAUAGACUAUCUUUCUGAGUUCAAGCUCAGCAACAUAUUCACGAUACCUUCCAACUUCAGUAGUCUCACUGAUGCUCAUAUGUACAUGGUUUUGCCAGCCUCCACAUUAAAAGCGCUUGACAUUUUUGAAGUUAAUGAAGAUCCAACAACUAAAAAAGGGACCCUACUCUGGCUUCUAGACAAUACUUUCACAAGAAAAGGUUCUCGUACAUUGCGCAAAUGGAUCAAUAGACCGCUCGUGAAAAGAGAAGAAAUCGAACAAAGAGCUAAAGCUGUGGAUGUGUUAAAAAGUGGUGCAUUUGUACAUAUAUUAGAUGCAUUCAAGCAAGCAGUGAUGAAAAUUGGGAAGUCAGGCGUUGAUUUGGAUCGUCUGCUCAUUAAGAUUCAUUAUUCCGCAACUUAUAUGUCAAAUAAGAUUACGAGGAAAGACUUGUAUAACAUGCUUCGUUCAUUUCACGAAAUUUUAGAACUUUUCAGAAGCUUUGGCUCUAAAGGAAUAGAAGAGUUUAAGUCUGUUCAUGACUGCCCUCUAUUGAUCUCGAUACUAGAAGAUAUGCUUUCUCUCAGUGAGAACCACACAGUCGAUGAACUUCUAAAACUGAUUAAUCCUAGUGGAGCAUUAAGUGAUCAGAAUCUUAGUGAACAAAAGAUGAAGUUUUUUGACCUCAGCCAGGAUAAAUUUCAUAAAAUUUCGAAGGAGCUAGAUGAGAUUGCCCGAGUCGAACGUAAGUUGGAUGAUGAAUUGCAGAAUAUAAGAAAAGUGUUGAAGCGACCUCAGCUUUCUUUCAUCACAAAUUUUAAGGAAACACACUUGAUUGAAGUUAGAAAUGGCAAAAAUGUGGAUGCUCUUCCUUCCGACUGGGUGAAAAUAAGCGGUACGAAAACUGUUUCUCGAUUCAGGACACCUGAAGUUACAAAAUUGCACAAGGAACUUCAAUACCAUAAUGAUAUGUUGUUAAUGGCGUGUGAUGAAUGUUUUAAUUUCUUUCUCAGCGAAGUUGAUUCAGAAUAUAUUUAUCUUCGCCGAAUUGUUGAUAACCUAGCAACAUUUGACUGUUUACUUUCUUUAGCUAGAUCAGCAGCAGACGUUGGAGAUGUCACAUUCAUCAGACCUAAAUUGGUUGAUGAACAAGUAAUGUCUGUGAAAAACAGCGUCCACCCAAUUCUCCUUAACUUACCCCAAAACAAUGGACAAUAUGUUCCAAACGACAUUAAAUUAUCUACAGACGAUAACCGAGUGUUGAUCAUAACUGGACCUAACAUGGGUGGUAAAUCUUCGUAUGUGAAACAAAUUGCAUUAUUGGCGAUCAUGACACAAAUAGGCUGUCUCCUUCCGUGUUCUAGCGCAACUAUGGGCAUCUUUGACUCAAUUUUCAUUCGAAUGGGAGCUUCUGAUAACAUUCUCCGUGGUAAAUCAACCUUUUUGGUCGAAAUGUUGGAGUCUGCUAAUAUUAUCCAAAAUUAUACGCCUAAAUCUUUGGUUAUCUUAGAUGAAAUUGGAAGAGGAACAGGGACGAGUGAUGGAAUUUCGUUGGCUUAUGCUAUACUCAGAUAUAUUAUUGAAGACAAGAAAAAGCCAUUAACUCUAUUCAUUACACAUUUUCCCUCUCUCAGUACAUUGGAAACAGAAUUCAACGACGUCAAAAAUUUCCACAUGGCAUUUGUUGAAAAGAAAAGAAACGAGGGGAAGGAAUCUGAAUGGCCCGAAGUGAUUUUUCUUUACAAACUAGUGAGCGGAGUUGUUUCGAACCUGUAUGGCCUAAACGUCGCCAAAUUGGCUGGUAUUGACGAUUCCAUAAUUCAAAGCGCUUACAAUGUUUCUGAGUCGAUAAAAAGGUUAAUUGAAAAGAGAUCCCUACUACAGCUUUUGUCCCAAAUGACUCCCGAUAAUGCUGCGCAGAUCUUGAAAGAGGCACUGUCGAUCGUAUAG